CAUCUUGAAUACUUUGUAUGUAGAUUAUGUUUUUAUAAUGGUUUAUUUCCUAUGUUGAACAGAAUCGUGUUUAUAGGCAAUAAAUUUAAUUAGUUCAAAUUAAAAACUUCAAAAUGUCGAAAGGGCCAGCAGUUGGUAUCGAUCUUGGCACAACCUAUUCUUGCGUUGGUGUAUUUCAACAUGGAAAAGUUGAAAUUAUUGCCAAUGAUCAAGGCAACCGUACCACGCCCAGUUACGUGGCGUUUACAGAUACGGAGAGGUUGAUUGGUGAUGCUGCUAAAAACCAGGUCGCCAUGAAUCCAACAAACACUGUGUUUGACGCCAAGCGUUUGAUUGGUCGUCGCUUCAAUGACUCAACUGUACAAUCAGAUAUAAAACAUUGGCCUUUCACAGUUGCCAAUGACAACACUAAACCAAAAGUUAAAGUUGAUUACAAAGGUGAAACUAAAACUUUCUUCCCGGAAGAAAUUAGUUCCAUGGUUCUUCUUCGAAUGAAAGAAACCGCUGAAGCAUAUCUCGGUAAAACAAUCACCGAUGCAGUGGUUACAGUACCUGCUUAUUUCAACGAUUCACAAAGACAAGCCACCAAAGAUGCAGGAACCAUUUCUGGUCUCAAUGUUCUUAGAAUUAUCAAUGAGCCAACUGCAGCUGCCAUUGCAUAUGGUUUAGACAAAAAGGUUGGUGCUGAGCGAAAUGUUCUGAUCUUUGAUUUGGGUGGUGGCACCUUUGAUGUGAGCGUGUUGACGAUAGAAGAUGGAAUAUUUGAAGUGAAAUCUACUGCUGGAAAUACUCAUUUGGGAGGUGAAGAUUUUGACAACAGAAUGGUGAACCAUUUUGUUACCGAGUUCAAACGUAAACACAAAAAAGACAUCACCACCAACAAGAGAGCACUUCGUAGACUGCGAACUGCUAGUGAGAGAGCUAAGAGAACACUUUCUUCAUCUGCUCAAGCUAGUAUUGAGAUUGAUUCUCUUUUUGAGGGAAUUGAUUUUUACACUUCAAUCACGAGGGCUCGAUUUGAAGAACUGAACUCCGAUCUCUUCCGUGACACCCUUGAACCUGUCGAGAAGGCUCUUCGUGACGCUAAGAUGGGAAAAGAUCAAAUUCACGACAUCGUUUUGGUUGGUGGCUCCACUCGUAUUCCCAAGAUCCAAAAAAUGUUGAAAGAUUUCUUCAAUGGAAAGGAAUUGAACAAAUCUAUCAACCCAGAUGAAGCUGUCGCUUAUGGUGCAGCCGUUCAGGCAGCUAUUCUUAGUGGAGAUAAAUCGGAAGAGGUUCAGGAUCUUCUCUUGUUGGAUGUUGCACCUUUAUCUCUUGGUAUUGAGACCGCUGGAGGAGUGAUGACAGCUUUGAUCAAGAGAAACACUACUGUCCCAACCAAACAAUCCCAAAUAUUCACCACUUACUCGGACAACCAACCAGGUGUGUUGAUCCAAGUGUACGAGGGUGAACGUACGAUGACCAAGGACAACAACAUACUUGGUAAGUUCGAGCUCUCCGGCAUCCCCCCUGCACCUCGUGGAGUUCCACAGAUUGAGGUGACAUUCGAUAUCGAUGCUAACGGUAUCUUGAAUGUAUCUGCUGUUGACAAGAGCACUGGAAAGGAGAAUAAGAUCACAAUCACCAACGACAAAGGUCGUCUUAGCAAGGAAGAUAUUGAGCGGAUGGUGAACGAGGCCGAGAAAUAUAAGGAAGAAGAUGAGAAGCAGAAGGAGAAGAUUCAAGCGAAGAACGGUCUCGAAUCUUAUGCGUUCAACCUUAAAUCAACGGUGGAAGAUGACAAAGUGAAAGAUAAAAUUUCAGACGAAGAUAAAUCAGCGAUUCUUAACAAAGCUAAAGAAGUUUUGGACUGGUUGGAAAAUAACCAGACUGCCGAAAAGGACGAAUAUGAAUUCCAACAAAAAGAACUUGAGAAAAUUGCCAACCCUAUUAUGACAAAACUUUACCAAGCUGGAGGUGGAGCUGGAGCAGGAGGACCCGGUGGUAUGCCAGGUGGAAUGCCUGGGGGUAUGCCAGGUGGUUUCCCCGGGGGUGCAGGAGGACCCCCACCCCCCAGCAGUGGAGCUGGUGGCCCAACCAUCGAAGAGGUUGAUUAAAAGUUCAUGGUUUGUCUGCUCCCAUGUUCAAUAUCCAAUCAUAACAAAUUUGUAGCUUAUGAAAAGUUCACAUGAUAAAUUGAAAGUUACCGAGCCUGCGUUUAUCGCAUGUAAUUUGGUUUUGUAAUAUUUCGUUUUCAACUGUUCAUUCGUGAUUAUGUAAUAAAAUUGCUCAGUGGGUAAAAUA